UGGUUUUCUACUUUAGCUGCACAUUCUACUCUAGCUGAUCCUGAGGAGAUUAGAAAAUUACCCCUAGAAAAGGGGAAAUUUAACUUUUGAAGCACAGAAAGCACAAUUGUCUACAGAGUACUUGGAGGCAUCAUAGAUUCCUUAAGGAGAAUUGAGAAUCAAGAUUCAAAUGCAAAUGAUUCUGCAGCCUUACUUAGAUCAGAAAUUGGGUUAAUAAUAGAUACCUCCAAUCUUCCUUAAUAAGUGUGGAGAGAAAAUUUAUGUCUUUGCCUCUAUCCACUUCCAUAUCAGAAAUGGAACCCAAUGACACCUUCAGCAAUAACAACAGCCACAAGGACUGCCUGAUUGGAAAAUUCAAGAGGGAUUUUUAUCCUGUUGUGUACCUGAUAAUAUUUGUCUGCGGAGCCUUGGGAAAUAGCUUUUCCAUAUAUGUUUUUCUGCAGCCUUAUAAGAAGUCCACAUCUGUGAAUAUUUUCAUGCUGAACCUGGCCAUUUCUGAUCUCUUGUUCAUAGCCACACUGCCCUUCAGGGUUGACUAUUACCUCAGAGGCUCUGAUUGGAUAUUUGGGGACCUGGCCUGCAGGAUUAUGUCUUACUCCCUGUAUGUCAACAUGUACAGCAGCAUUUAUUUCCUGACUGUGCUGAGUGUUAUGCGCUACCUGGCAACUGUUCACCCCUUCCGGCUCCUCCAUGUCACUAGCAUCAGAAGUGCCUGGGUUCUAUGUGGGAUCAUCUGGACCCUCAUCAUGGCUUCUUCAACAGUACUUCUGAAGAAUGGCUCCGAGCAGAAGGGUAAUGUCACAUCAUGCUUAGAGCUGAAUUUCAAUAAAAUUGUUAAACUGCAGAUCAUGAACUACAUCGCCUUAGUGGUGGGCUUCCUGCUGCCAUUCUGCACGCUCAGCAUCUGUUACCUGCUGAUUAUUCGAGCCCUGUUAAAGGUGGAGGUCCCAAAAUCGGGGCUGCGGGUUUCUCACAGGAAGGCACUUGUCACCAUCGUCAUUGCCUUGAUCAUCUUCCUCCUGUGUUUCCUGCCUUAUCAUGUACUGAGAACCUUCCACUUGGUUGUGUGGAAAGUGGGUGCAUGCACAGACUGGCUGCAAAAAGCUGUGAUCAUCACACUGGCCUUGGCAGCUGCGAAUAGCUGCCUCAACCCUGUGCUUUAUUAUUUCGCUGGGGAGAAUUUUAAGGACAGACUAAGGUUUGCAUUCAGAAAAGGGCAUGCACAGAGAACAAAGUGCAGCUUUCUUGUUGCCUGUGGUUGAAAAAGGAAAUAAGAAUGUAAGAGAUUAUUAAGUGAGGUUUGUUCUUAUAUUUCUCUAUCCACUUUUAUUAAAACGUAGUUUCCAAGUGACCCUGUAGUUACAUCAUUCCAAACAAAGGCUAUUUCCCAACAUUUACUUCACCAUGACUUUUGCUAGUAAGACCUACUUCAAAAAUUUCAUUAGGUGAAUUUUCAGUGGUUGAGGCACAUGAGGAACAGAGUAGGGACACUCUUUACUACAGUUUUGCAAUCUGAAGUGUCAGACAGAGACAAAAUGCCAAGUACAGUGGGUGCUACUUUUUAUCAGAUUCUGUACUAGAUGGCCCUUCAAGUAUUCUAAAUUCUUAACUUUAAGAUAAUCCCAACUUAUCCAGCUCCUUCAUUUCCUCUUCCUUAGUCAAUCCCCCCUGAGAUAUAGCCAAUUAACAAAGUUGCUGGAGGUCCAGAGCAGAUUAAAAAAAAAGUAUCCUAAGAAUUUAGGGAAAAGACCUUGAUUGUGAAGAGAAAGACUAUCCUCCAACAAAGCCAGAGGCAAGAUCCCAGUGAGCAGUGAGAGAAAAACGGGCAAGAAGGACAAGGGCACGAGAGAACUGGUGAGAAGGGUGGGAAGGAGGACUCUCUCUUUGCACUGGGAGAGGGACUCUAGCACACUGAAGGCAGGAAGGUUCUUUUCUCUUCUCUUUGGCCAGGAGUGAUAAGAAAGAGAGAGAAAAUAAGAGAAAGACAGAAGGCAUUGCGCAGAAUAAGGGAGAAGGGGGACCAAAUUUACCUUUGAGAUUUGGGCUCUGCCUGACCUCACUGAGGUUUUCAGUCUUGCAUGUCAAUCCGCUGGGUUGGGGGUCAAAAUGGAGGAGACAGCUCUAAAGGCUUGGUUGGGCGCUCAGAGCGGGCGGCGUGGAGGACAAGCUGCAAAGGUUGUGAUACCCUGAGAUUUUAUUGAAACUUUGGCAGAACAUAAGUAGGGUGGCUUUCCUUUGGAGAUUGUAGAAAAGCUAAGGCCUACAACUACUACCAUCAUGACCACUGUAUGUCCAAAGGAGUGCCCCCUUCAUGCUGGGCAGACUGUGCCAGGCACUUCACACUCAUGGAUCCCAUUUAAUGCUCACACCCAAGCCCUGUGUUUCCAUUUUACAGAUGAAGAAACUGAAGUUUAGAGAAAUCGAGAGACUUGUUCACGUCCACACAGAUCGUAAGAGUUAAAAACCUCUCUGACUGGUUGGCUGGGUGCUUGCUUCCUCCACUGUUCCUCCUGAAAACCUCUAGGAAGAUUGGUUGAGAGUCAGAAUAGCAGUUCUCUUCGCCAAGCAGGCAUCUACCCGUCCUCACUCUCAUGAGAAGACUGAAGAUGGAGGUUUUCUCUUCUGAUUUGCUGACUUUGGGCACAGUGGAGGGUGGGCGGGAGGUGGUGUUCUACGGCUUGGGAGGAAAUGCAUCAAAGCCUUCAUGGUAAACAAGAGCCCCAGAACCCUUCUCUUACUCAGCAGCCGGAAUAAUGACAGACUUGUAGCCUGUCAAGACAGGAGCCUGGAGGAUCCUCCCAUGAAAAAACUGCCCAUCCCAAGAAAAAAGAUCAACAUACACAGACUGUUGGGGAUUCCCCAACACAAAAGCCAGGGCUUGCCCUAUUGUCGAGUACCUAUUAACAUGUUAAAGUCUCACUCUUAAUUAUGAAUAGUCAAUGACCACUACACAUUGGAGAAAAGGGGUCAGACUUGGAAAACACCAACAAAUAAAUGAGAAGAUAGAUAGAGACAUUUUAAGUAUGAGAGGUCUCAAAUUUGUUAUCACCUUUGCACUUUUGAUCAGAAAUCUACUGGAGGAUGUGCUCUUCCAAAAUAGCAGGUUAAACUAAGAUAGAGGAAAACAUAACAGUGUAGGAAACAAGAAAUCCAACACAGGAGAAAGGUGAAAAGAAUUCCCAGGAUGUUGGUAUGUAGCAAAAAAACACACACAAGAAACAAAUUGAUUUGUAAACAUUGGAGCGAUUUCUAUUUUUCUUAGAGAGCCUAGGAUGAACUAGUGAAGAUAAAUAGAAAAAUGGCAAGUGAAAAGACAAUGCAAUUAUUAAAUACUAGGGAAAAUCUGUUUGUUUGUUUUUUAAAGAAAGGAAAUAAUAUACUGCAUGGUUUAGCUGUGAAUAAUAUUUAUAUACAGAAUAAUAUAAAUAACAAAAUAUUAUGACAUAAACUUUUUUAAGAAAUGAGGGGGAGAGGAUUUUGUAUGUGAGAGAGGAGGAGUUAGCAAACUAAAUCCCCAUCUCGCAUCACAGAGAAUAUAUAACUAACGCUAGAAACUAUAACUGUAUAAAAAUUUAUUUAGCAAUAGAAACUGAAGUCCAGAAGAAACAGUGAAAAGAACUGACAGGGAUUACCUCUGGAGAGAAGUUGCAGGUGAGAGGAUAGGGCCAAAACUUCUCUUCUCCUUUUAAGAACUAUUUAACUGUGUAACUUACAAAUAUGUAUUGCUGAAAUAAAAUAAAAAUUAAGUUAA